CUUCAACAUCAACACACAGCCUAAUCCUCAUAGUCCUGGGAAGUACACAUGGAUAGAUCAACUCGGUGUCCCACGGGUAUUAGUGGAGAAGACGAUCGUGCUAGUGGUGAAGAUGGGAGACAAAACGAAAAAGAUACCAAAAACAAUUACGCCUUACAUCAUAUACACGGACCACAACAAGAACGAUGUGGUGAAGUACAGAUCCUCCUUCAUCAGCGUCCACGAAUUCUUACAACAGACAAGUACCACUAGAAGGAGGAUGCGCAACGCGAGAGAAGGCACCAACACAAGAAAAAGGAGGGUGAAUCCGUUGAGGAUAUGCUUCAAAGGCGACAACAGCGAAGAAGGAGAAGGAGAUGCGAGACCAAGCCCAUCGCCAUGUCCAUCACCUCAACAGCGAGCUCAGCGAAGACGAUAUGAGGCAAAUAAGAAGGCUCUCCCCGUCCUCCAUCAAGUGCUUGGCACAACCAAAGAUGUAUCAGCAGAUGGCUCAUGGAGAAGGACAGCACAAGCGAGUUCGAUAAUGCCGAUGCACGUGUAUAAAGGAUGGCAGGCGGAAAAGGGAGCAGCAUUGUCCGCUACGACUAAGAGACGAGCAGAGGAGGUCAUGAAGAAUGACAAAGAAGGAAAAUUCAAAGUGUCGUUUUUGGGACGCACCGCGACAGUGGAAGAAGAGCAAGAGACGAAGAAUAAGAUAGCCAUAGCAAGAGCCUAUAAUAAGGAAAGACAUAAAUGA